AUCACUUCCUGGCCAGGCACCGUUUGGAAUUAGCUAGCUGCUUGGCUAGCAUGUCCCUAUAGCUGUUGUGGGGGAUAAAAUUAUAAUUAAACACUAAAUCGCUGAACUGCCACGCUUAUCCCUUAAAAAUCCUCUGGAGUCAUGGAGGAACCAGGAGCCAUAGAGGUGACAGUGAAAACUCUGGAUUCUCAGAGCAGGACGUUCACUGUCAGGGGAGAGUGGACUGUGAAGCAGUUUAAAGCGCACAUCGCUUCCGCCGUCGAAAUCCCGGUGGAUAAGCAGAGGUUGAUCUACCAGGGUAAAGUGCUGCAGGACGAAAGGACACUCGCAGAAUACAAUGUUGAUGGAAAGGUCAUUCAUCUUGUGGAGCGAGCACCUCCUCAGAGCAGUCAGUCUGGGGGUGGAGGAGGUGGAGUUUCUGGCCCUUCGGGUGCAACGGAUGGAGGAUCCAGCUCUUCUCAAUCCUCUACUUUUCCAGGAACUCCACAUGACCGUAAUGCCAACAACUACGUAAUGCUGGGCACUUUUAACCUGCCUGUGAACAUCAUGGACCCACAGCAAAUACAGAUGUCAGUGCAGCAGAUGCUGGCUGGUGUUGGAGAAAUGGGGCGCAAUGUCAGAGUGAGCACCAGCACAGGAAGCAGUGGCUCUGUGGAUGUCCAUAUCAACGUGGACCAAUCAGUGCAGAGCGAGCCCAGGAUGAGGCUUCAGCUGGCUGAAAGCUUGCUGCGAGAGACACAGGCUUUAAUCCACAGGCUUGAGGGUCAGCCAAGUGAACCGUCAUCUCAGCAAGAGACACCACAUCCUCAGCCAUCAUCAUCAUCAUUUUCAGCACAGCCAAUGGAGAGCUCCCCACCUCCACCCUCCUCCUCCUCCUCAUCCUCAUCCUCAGCUUCACAGACCGGAGCAACUCACUCUGGACCCAACACCGAGGCGAGAUCUGACAAAAGACGUGAACACAGUCCCAAUCUCCAGUUUCCCCUCCUCUCCUUCCACGCUGACAGCUACACCCAGCUGUCAUAUGAAAAUGUCUCUUGGCAUCAUUCUGACGUAUACAUCAUUACUAUAGCAACCGGUGGAAAUCCACCAGAUAUAUGUAUGCGUGCCUCAAAUCGGGACCCACAGCCUCUGCCGGUGUGGGCCCUCUCUGCUCUGGGCCCCUUUGUAGAGGUGUCAGAUGAAUCACUGGAGGGCUCUUUUGAAAUCUAUACAGGACGUGGGCAAUCCAGUGAAGCGAAACCUGCUGACGGACUGCAGCUGUUCGGCUUGCUGGUGUUGUGCUCUCUGCAGGAGUGA